AUGACGCUUACUAAAUAUGAAAUGCUUGGUAGUAAUGAAAGUAAAUAUAUUAGGGAAGUAUGGGCAGAAAAUUUGGAAGAGGAGAUGGCUUAUCUUCGUGAUCUAGUUGAAGAUUAUUCUUAUCUUGCAAUGGAUACUGAAUUUCCUGGUGUAGUGGCACGACCAGUUGGCAGCUUUCGUUCUAGCUCAGAUUACCAUUACCAAACACUUCGAUGUAAUGUUGAUUUAUUAAAAAUAAUUCAAUUAGGCAUCACAUUUGCAGAUGAGAACGGAAAAUUACCACAAGAUAUUUGUACAUGGCAAUUCAACUUUAAAUUCAAUUUGAUAGGUGACAUGUAUGCCCAGGAUUCAAUUGAUCUAUUAACAAAAUCAGGUAUUGAUUUUAAGAAACAUGAGGAUUAUGGCAUAGACGUAGAAAAUUUUGGUGAACUAUUAAUUAGUUCAGGAUUUGUACUAUUUGAUGAUGUGAAAUGGAUAUCUUUUCACAGUGGUUAUGACUUUGGAUAUUUACUCAAAGUGCUUACUUGUUCACCUCUGCCACCUGAAGAAAACGAUUUUUUUGAUCUUUUAAAAACAUACUUUCCAUGUAUAUAUGAUAUAAAAUAUCUUAUGAAAAGCCAUAAAAAUCUUAAAGGUGGAUUGCAGGAUAUUGCUGAUGAUUUACAGGUGGAAAGAAUUGGACCUCAACAUCAGGCUGGUAGUGACAGUCUCUUGACAGCGGCAACCUUCUUCAAGAUGCGACAAACCUUUUUUAAUGAUAAGAUUGAUGAUAAAUACUUGUACGUCUAG